AUGAAAGAAUGCAAGCCAUGUGCUACUCUUGUUGGCUUGAAGGCUAAGCUAAGUGAUAAAGAAGGCAAAGCUGUCGACAAUCCAACCGAGUAUAGGAGCAUGGCAGGAGCUCUCCAAUAUCUCACAUUCACACGCCCUGACAUCUCUUACGCAGUUCAGCAGAUAUGCCUUUUCAUGCAUGACCCGCGCGAACCUCAUCUUGUUGCUCUGAAGCGAGUGCUACGGUACCUUCAAGGAACAAAACAACUUGGUCUUCAGCUUUUGAAACACCAGAAGAUGUCAAUGACGGUGUACUCGGACGCCGAUUGGGCAGGCUGUCCAUCAACAAGAAGAUCAACAUCAGGCUUUUGUAUCUAUCUUGGUGACAACCUCAUCUCCUGGUCUGCAAAACGUCAGCCAACGGUGUCACGAUCAAGCGCUGAAGCAGAUUACAAGGGUGUAGCAAACGCGGUGGCAGAUGCUUGUUGGCUUUGUAACCUUCUUCUCGAAAUGGACUUUCACAUUCCUCAAGCCACAAUCGUAUACUGCGACAACAUUAGUGCGGUAUACUUGUCGUCUAUUCUGGUGCAACAUCAACGUACCAAGCACAUCGAGAUAGAUAUCCAUUUCGUCAGAGAGAAGGUCCAAUGGGUCAAGUACGUGUGCUACACGUUCCAUCUGAGCUCCAAUAUGCCGAUAUUUUUACAAAAGGCCUUCCCACAACACUCUUCAACAACUUUCGCUCAAGUCUUGGCGUGGCUGCGGGGGAAUAUUAGAUACCUAGAAUAUGCUAUAUAUUCUGUAUCAGUACGUUAA